AUGCAGAAGCUGGAAGCGUCCCAAGCACGCAUGGACGAAGACGAGCGCACGCGCGGCGCUCACGAGAGCGAGCUGUUCCGAUCAGAGCUCGGGGAGGACUUCGCAGGGCGAUUCCACGGCGGAGCAAUGGAGCUUGAGGACUUGCACGAUCGGCAGCCUCAGCAGCAACUGCGGCGUGCACCAGCGCGGCUCGAAGACCUACGGAUGCGAGCGGGAGAGCAGCUGCAGCAGCGUGCUUAUCCGUUGCCUCAGCCGCCUGCCUCAUUGCCGCCAUACCAGCUGCCACCAAUGCCUUAG